AUGCAGAGCCCACCAAAGAGUCCAAAACAAUCGUUUACUUCUAUAAAAUUUCAAGAACCAAACCGAGAAAAUUCCAACUCUAAUGGUUUUGGGGAAUCGUCAAAACCAAAUUCACAGACAAGUGUGAAUAAGCUGCUCAAUGUUGAUACACGGCCAAGUCACCGAAAAGGGCAUCACCAUAGACAUUCCUUAUCCCAUCAAUACUUCCUACCUCCUAAGAAUCGAAAGCCCUUAAGCUUCCCUGCCACUUAUCCGAUCCCUACACUUACAGAAACGUUUUCAAUCCUUACAUGGAGACAAAAGCUGAAAAUAAGUAGCUCUUUAUUAUUUUUCUUUGUUUCGGUUUUUGUCUUUCUAUCUGGAGAUGCUACCGUGUUGCUUUCACUGUCAUGUUCACUUAUAGUAGAAGGGGUUUUGAUUACAUUAAACGUUUGGCGAGAGACCCUGGAUUGUUUUGUAGUUUGGCGUAGAACAUCACUUCGCUAUCCUUUUGGUUUGCAGCAAGUAGAACUGUUAGCUGAUUUUGCUUUUUGUAUCUUAUUAUUAUUUCUUGGACUAAAUCUCUUGAAAGAGCCAGCGGAACAUGCUAUCGAAGACUGGGGAAAUAUUCAACAUUUAGAACACGCUGGAGUUGAAGGUGCUCAUAUUCAAUCUACCUUUUCUAUCUCAGUGGCUUUACUUCUUUCGGGAGCUGCACUACUGUUCGACCGCUCUCACAUACAUAGUCAACGUUUGGAUUCACGUUUCUUUCAUGGCUUGACAUUUGUUCCCUCUUCUAUCCUUGUUGUCCUCCAAAGUGUUGGCGUUCAAGUUGGCUCCCUACUUAGUCAUAUUUUUGCCAUAAGCAUUGCAGUCACCGCUGUAAUUGCUGGUUUCUCCAUCGCGAAAUCUUUAGCCAUGCUUCUUUUGUUGACGUAUUCAAACAAAGAUAAAGUUUUCCAGUGUAUAUCUCUCAUUAAAGAAGACAGUCGAAUAGAGCAACUUAAUUCCGCUACCAUUUGGCAGCCUCAUUACAAUACGUGCAUUGCUAAUAUAAGCAUAACGGUUCGAGGAAGUGAGCGUGAACAGAUAUCUAUACGUGAAGAUGUUACAAAAAUCAUUCAAAAGACUGUCGGAAGUAUAUUUGGUACUGGUGUCCAACCGAAAUGGGAAAUUACUAUUGAUAUUCAAAGGAUUUAA